UGAUCAGUUGCAGGGAUGGUGGAGGUGGUGGGUGGUGAAGAGGGGGGUGGAUCAGACUUUGCACCUUUGGGUCAACAAAGAAGCAGCACAGCACCCAGCUCUCUGAUGAAACCAGCCAUGUUUCUGAGAGUCUUCUUCACCUUGGUCUUCAGCUCCUACAGCUGCCAUCCAGUGUCAGUGUUUCUGGAACCAGAUCGAGCUCAUGGUGUCCUGGUCCGGACUCGGAGGUAUAACUCAGGCUGGUUCGAGGAGCUUCAGAUGGGAGAUCUGCAGAGGGAGUGUCUGGAGGAGAAAUGUUCGUACGAGGAGGCUCGGGAGGUGUUCGAACACACCGAGACUACGGAUGAGUUUUGGAAGACGUAUAACGUCCCAGACAGCUGCAAGUCCAGCCCCUGUUUGAACGGCGGCAGCUGCUCCGCUCAGGGUUCAUCCUACGCCUGCUUCUGUCUGCCGCAGUUCAGCGGACUCAACUGUGAACUCGAGUUCCUGGCCGUCCCUGACACCUGCCUGCUGGAGAACGGAGGCUGUGAACAUUUCUGUGAUGAAGACGAGGGAGGACGAAGAUUAAACUGCUCGUGUGCAGACGGCUACUUCCUGGACGUUGAUGGGCGGAGCUGUGUAGCAGAGGAGUCGAUAGCGUGUGGUAUGGUGCCCGUCCUGCAGGAUGAAAACAAAAACCAGCAGCUGGACACUCGAGGUCGAAUUGUCGGAGGAACAGAGUGCCCCAAAGGUGAAUGCCCCUGGCAGGUCUUGCUGGUCUACAAAGGCAAAGGUUUCUGUGGUGGAGUGAUUUAUAAACCUACAUGGAUCCUCACAGCGUCUCACUGUAUGGAGGACACAGACGCCAAGUUCCUGAAGGUGGUUGCAGGCGAACACAACACGGACGUGAACGAGGGCACGGAGCAGCUGUUGCAGGUCGUCGAGAUCAUCAUGCACGAGAACUACGUGAUGAGAACCGCCGACAACGACAUUGCCCUCCUCCGCCUGGCGACGCCCAUCGUUUACACACCGUAUGCAGUCCCAGCUUGCCUGCCGACGCGCUCGAUGGCCGAGCGUGAACUCUGGGCCGUCAACCUGCACAUGGUGAGCGGCUGGGGGAGGAGGGGUGAGAACGGACCCACCUCCACCCUCCUGCGGCGCCUGAAGGUGCCACGGAUCCGGACGCAGCAGUGUGUGGAGGAGAGCGGCGUGGUGCUCACUGACAACAUGUUCUGCGCCGGAUACAUCGAGGGCCGGCAGGACUCGUGUAAAGGCGACAGCGGCGGGCCCCUGGUGACGCAGUACAAGAAGACGACCUUCCUGCUGGGCAUCGUCAGCUGGGGGAAGGGCUGCGCCCGACCGGGCAACUACGGCAUCUACACCCGGGUGUCCAACUACCUGGAGUGGAUUCACAACCGAACAGCGACAACAGAUCAGCCAAAAAACCACACCGAGGCGUCGCUACACAACCUGACGACAUGAGGAUCCACAGGUCACUGAAGCUGUGGUCAUGACCCGAUUCACCUCUGAGGGACCUUGUUGUUGGGCCCCAUUGAUCAACCAGGACCCUGGAGCUCGCAUGCUAAUAAUCCUGACUGUCAAAUAAUCAUUUUAGUCAUUUCUCAGGCAAAAAAUCCAAAUACUGAGCUGCUCCAGCUUCACAGAUGAAGAUCUCUGUCAUAAAUGACUGAAUAAACUGACCUGGACGGUUGGUCCAAUAAAACAAGUUUUUUCAACACAUUAUAA